GGUGUCGCGCGCUGUGUCCAACAGUUCGAGUCUAUCGCGCGGUGCACAGUGUACUUCAAGCUCAUUCAACACCAGAGAGUAGGAGACCUCGAGCGCUGCGAAAAGGACUCCAAUGUACUUGGAUUUCAAAAUGAUAUGAAACAUACUUGGUGAGAUUCUUAAAGGAAUACUGUAGGAUCAGAACCUUGGUGUCAAGACUAAUUCCCUCAAGCUGCUGCACACUCAUAUUCCCACGACUGUUUUCGUAUCCAUUCAACCUAUGGAUUUUCAGCAACAUGGGGUAUGGACAAAUCCUCCAUCGUUGUGGGAAUGAGGAGAACCAGGUCUACCUCAAUGUGGGAGGCAUCAGAUAUGAAGUCAACCAAGAGACUGUACUCCGCUUUCCUCACACACGCCUGGGCCAUCUGCUGCGCUGCCAAAAUGAAGAAGCCAUCCUGGAACUCUGUGAUGACUAUAGCCCCAUGGACAAGGAGUAUUACUUUGACAGAAAUCCUAGAGUCUUCCUAUGUGUUCUCAACUUCUACCACACAGGACAUAUCCAUAUGAUGGAGGAGUUGUGUGUCUUCUCAUUCACUCAAGAGAUUGAGUACUGGGGCAUUCAGGAGCUUCACUUGAGUUCUUGCUGUAGCAAUUGGUACCAAGAAAGGAAGGGGUACAUUGAGGACAGGGACUGGGACAUCAGAAGUGAUGAGCAACAGGUGCCAAGCUUCGACUCGUCUUUUGAGGAGCUCUCGGCCUUGGAUAAGGACAUGGCCAAGUUCAAGGACGCCUGGUGUGCAGAGAUCAGAAGUUACAUGUGGCUGAGGCUAGAGGACCCAGGUUAUUCAUGCGCUUCAAAGGUCAUUGCUGUGGCGUCUCUCAGUGUGGUGCUGACUUCCAUUGUAGCCAUGUGCGUCCAUAGUAUGCCUGAGUUCCAGCUGGUGGAUGAGAAUGACAGACCUGUAGAAGACCCUGUUCUGGCGAUCCUCGAGGUUGUUUGCAUAGUCUUCUUCUCACUCGAGUUUAUCAUCAGGCUCAUCGUAGCCCCUUCUGCCAAAAAGUUUCUAGGGAGUCCUUUAAACAUCAUCGACGUUGCCUCCAUUCUACCGUUCUACGCCACAUUAGCAUUGGAGACUGUGGACGAGGAAAACGCAGAGGAGAAUGAGGACCUGGAGAACAUGGGUAAGGUGGUCCAGGUUCUACGACUGAUGAGGGUCUUCAGGAUCUUGAAGCUGGCCAGACACUCUGUUGGUCUGCGGGCACUGGGUGCCACAGUCCGCCACAGCUACAAUGAGGUGGGACUGCUUCUGCUCUUCCUCUCAGUGGGUAUCUCCAUCUUCUCUGUGCUUAUCUAUUCCGCUGAGAAGGAAGAGGAGGGCACCGAACUAGGCACCAUCCCCGUUGGCUGGUGGUGGGCCACCAUUACCAUGACCACUGUGGGCUAUGGUGACACCUGCCCUGUAACGUUGCUGGGGAAGCUGGUAGCCACUCUUUGUAUCAUCUGUGGUCUUUUGGUUGUCGCCCUGCCCAUCAGCAUCAUCUUUAACAAGUUCUCCAAAUACUACCAGAGGAACAAAGCCAUAGAUGAGGGCCAAUGCCUGAGUAAGCCUGAGAGACAGGACCCAGACCUCCCAUAUUACAACAUAAGAGACCUGUAUGCCAACAGCUUCUACCCUUUUAUGGGAGGCAUCUCCUUUGGGAGCAGUAAGAGCAGUGCUGGGGAUGAAACGAAUGCCUUUAGUCUUCAAGACAUAGAGGAGGUGUGUGGCACUGACACUUGUAAAAAUGGGCCAGCAAAAUGAGUCUUGUGACUGUUUACAUCAUCUGUCUUUACUCGUUUAGAAGGUCACCACACUGGGAAGUACAGUGCAGUUCUCUUCCAUCAUUACCUCUCUGUCUGUCUUCCUUUCAAAACCUGUUGAAGAUGUGUGCCUGUGGAAUUUAGGGCUCACCAAAAGACAUAGAAAGUGAGGGAAAUUCUCACAUUUUUGCUAAGAGGUUUCUGCUCAUGCUAAUGUAUCUGGUGCAUGUAUGGUUUUGAAGUAUUUAAGGGUUCUGAGUUAAGGGUGAGAUAUACAACGUCGAAAAACAGAAAAUAUAUAUUAUUGUACAUAAGGGAUGUAAUGUAUUAUGUAGAACGGUUCAUUACUUUG